AUGCCCCUCAAAGGCGAAGAGGAGCUGGCAGCGGAGAUGCGCCAUGCGCCGACCGCCGAACUGGGCUCUCGUAUAUUCGAGAGUUCGGAGGCGGUCGUGAGGGUGGCCACAUGCUCCAACAACCUCCAGGGGCCGGUCAAAACCUCGGUCCGGGAGGUGGAGUUGGAGCGGACGGUCGCGGAGCUGGGGGCCCGCGUGUCCGAGCUGGAGGCUCGGCUGAUGCGGGGCUCGGACGCUGCGGCCCGGGUGUCGGCAGUGCCGCCGCCGGUCGAUCCGCCAGUGUCAGUGUCGGUGCCUUCUGCGCGGUCGGGACCGUCCUCAGCGGUGCCGGUGGUGUCAGGACGGCCUGCGACCUCGGGUCCCGCGCCCGCUGUUCCGUCGCAGGAGCCUGCAAUGUGUAGCACGCUGGCCCUCGCGCCGGGGUUGGCCCCGGCGGUUGGCGUCAAGGGCCUCAUCCGUCGUCUCUGCGGCGAGAUGGAGGUGCGCCUCGCGUCGCGCCUGGGGGCGGUCUCGUCAGUGGCCGCCGCGAGGGGUGCUCUUCCCCGGGUGCCGCGGGUUGCGCCGCCCUCGCCUGCGAGGGACCCUGGCCCCUCGGGAGUGGGGAGUCGCUCCGGGGCAGGCAAGGAGCAGUCCGCGAAAAAGAAGAGGAGGAAGAAGAAGGGCGAGAAGUGGAAAGCCGGUGGCGGUGCUGCCCCUCCUGCACCUGCCUUGCCGGGCCGAGGACGGCCCCGUGCCGCGCCUGUCCCGGCUGCGUCCUGGGCGAGGCCUUCAGCCGCGCCUGCAGCGCCCUCCCUGCCCUGUACGGCACCUGAGACGUGGUCGAAGGUGCUCUGA